AUGUUUAAAAUCCUAGAAGACAAUGUAUGGCAUAUAAAAUCUAUUGCUGUAAAGCAUCCCUUAUUAAAAAAUAUAACAAUUUCCUCUCAUGACCGAUCAGAAACUCGAUAUAUCACUAUGGUGCCAAUAAAAAUAAAAAAUUCCGAAGAAACUGUUUAUCUAUGCGAUACUCCAGGAUUAAUGGAUACAAAUGGCACAGAGGUUGACAUCGCAAAUACAAUAAGCAUUGCUGAGCAUGUAAAAAAUUGCAGAAGUGUAAGACCAGUGAUUUUAUUAACUCAUUAAUACAUAAAAAAUAUUUUUUAACAUAUUAUGAUAUUAUUAAUAUUUUAGCUUGACUUUGUAAAUAUUAGCUUACUCCCCCUCUGUGAGCGAACAAAAAUUUUAUUCGUGUAUGGAGGGUAUUUUUUUUAAAAAAUUAUCUUUAAUUUAUAUAAUUUAAAUAAAUCCUAUUCCGAAAGUGAAAAUUAAUUUGCAAAAUUUAUGUUUUAAAGUUCAUUUGUUUAAAAUUUAAAAUAGUUAACUCAAGAUUGAUUAUAUAAUUUUUCAAAACAUUUUUUUCAUAAAAAAAUGUUUUGUUUACUCACUGGGGAUGGUUUUUUUUAUCAAAAUAUAUGGUUUUGUUCGCCUACGGAAGGGGAAGUUAGGAGUAAGCAGCCAAGCUCAAGGCGAUAGAUUUGAAGGGAUCAAAAAAAUUGCUUAUACAUUGAUGAGGCUCAUUCCUGACUUUAAUAAAUAUCGUAGCUCAUUUACAUAUGUUUUUACCAAAUAUUCUGAAGAUGAAGCUUCAAAUAUCCAUGGAAAAGUGAUCAAUGCACUGGCAAACACAAAAAACUCUGAUAUAGGGUAUAGGCACAUUCUUGAGGAUAUAGAACAAAAAACAGUUCACGAAGUAAUAACAAUUAAUCACCUAGAUGGGAAUCCUCAAAAACUCAUCCAAAAAAUCAUGGAAAGAGAGCCAAUAUAUGACCCAAAAAAUGUGUUUAAAAGCUUUAUUACUGAAGAUUCUCGAAUUUCGGUAAUGAAUCAAUUAUCUAUCCAUUCAAAAGACAUUGAAAAAGCCUUAAAUUCUAUAAAUUAUGAAAUAAUCAAGCAAAAAUUGGAUGAGGUAAAAUAUAUAGCAAACUUAUUCUCCAUGUUUGAGAAUCAAUAUAAUCAAUGUGUAGAAUCUGUAAUUAGAACGACUAAUAAUAUCUACCAAAAAGUAGUUUCUCAAUUUAAUAGCUUUUUAGAAAGCCAUGCAAUUUUGGAUGAAAAUAUAAUACAAACAUAUCAAGAAGUUCACAAUUAUUUGAAAAAAAUCGAAGAAAUCAGAGAAUGCCAUUUAAGAGAGGAGACAGUCAACCCAGCAGCUAUGAUCACCAAUAUUGUAUUUAAACUAGGUCUUAUCAACUUCGACUUAAGAGACGAGGAUAUUGAUUCUUAUAUUUUGAAAGCUCAAAUCAGCAAUGCAAAAAUUUUAAGAGGAAAAUUUCAAGAUAUAAUCCCAUAUUAUGCAAAUCUUUGUAAAGAAUAUGAAACUCUGAUUAGAAAUUUGUUGGGAAAUGCAAGCUCAAAUUUAGAAAUAAAUAAUUUUAAGGGUUUUGUUGAGAAUUUAUUACAAGAGCAGAAAUUUUUAGAUAUUGCUCGUGAUCACUUGUGCUUACCAGAAUUAGAUGAAAAGCAUGGCCUUCUUUUAAUACAAUUUAUUUCAAAAUUAAAAGGAAGAUGUGAUAGUUCAAUUGGGCUGUUAAAAAAAGGAUAUAUUGAAGAAUCGGAUAUAGAAAUACUUCAAGAAAAUAUUUAUACAAUAAAAUCAGCUUUAAGCGUGCAGGACUUAUAUGCUCUUACAGAUAAAAAUGAAAUAGAAGAUUUCCUCCAACCAAUUUUUGAAGAAUAUAAAACGCAUUUUGAAAAUUCUGACUCUUACCCAUCGUAAAAAGCAAAAAAAUGGGAAAAUCUGUAUUUCCAAAAUAAUUUUUUUUUUAAUAUAAAAAUAUUCGAUGAUUCUAUAAAUUCUAUGAAAUUCGAGGCAAUGCAUUCAAAAACGGUUUCUUCACACGACGACUAUUUCAUAACGACUAUUUUUUUUUGGCCUAUUUUUUUUUUGGCCUAUUUUAUUUUGGCCUAUUUUUUUUUGGCCUAUUUGUUUUUGGCCUAUUUGUUUUUGGCCUAUUUGUUUUUGGCCUAUUUUUUGCCUAGCCUCAUUCAUGAAGCUGCUGAGAGGACUAAAACCUAAUUGAGAAACAGAGACUUUUACUUACGCGAUUAAUAUUUAGUAAAUUAAGUGAAAAACUCCUAAUUAAAUCUAAAAUUCUCGAAAUUUUAAAAGCAAUGAAUUAGUAUUCAUGGAGUAAGAAAUCUGUUAAGGGUGCAUUUUUUGUUGGUUAAAUCGUUUAAAAUACAUUAAAAAUUAUAUUAAAACAAUUAGUAUGGAAUUAUGCCCAAAUAUUAGUAAAAAUAGCUAAAAAAUUGUCAAAAAAUUGGCCAAAAAAAUAGGCCAAAAAAAAAAUAGGCCAAAAAAAAAUAGGCCAAAAAAAAAUAGGCCAAAAAAAAAUAGGCCAAAAAAAAUAGGCCAAAAAAAAAUAGUCGUCGUGUGAAGAUACGUUCAAAAACAUACAAUUAUAAAUUAUAUUUUAUUUUAUUUCAAAAUUUGCUAUUAAAAAAUAUAAAAAAAAAUUAAUAUAGUAUUUAACAAAAUCUUUGUUUUCUAGGGAUUAAGAAAUCUGUUUUAUCAAUUAUCAAUGAUGAUUCCACAAAUGAUAUAGCUGAUAUUGAAUCUAAUUUUGACGAAUUCGAAUUGUUGAUGAAGGUUCCAGAUAUAGAAUACCUUAUAGCUGCCUCUUAUCAAGAAGCAUUAAAUUCGAUAAUAAAUAAAAUUAGCUUUUUCAAGAGAGAAGCCAAAGAAAUCAUCAAGUCUUUUUCGAAUUCUCCCGAAUCUAUAGAUUUCAAGCUAUUGUAUGACUGCUUUUCUUGGCUGGAGUCAGGAAAAUGAAUUGAAAAAUUCAGUGAAGGAACUUACAGCAAUGAAAUUUUAGGGAUCGAAAAAGAAAUAAAACGCUGUAUUGAAAAGCUGCAGUUUGAGUUAAAAGAAAUUGACCUAGGCAUUAAUUUUCAUUUCAACGUGCCUAACUCCAUCCUUCAUGAGCGAACAAACCAUUAGAAAAAUCCCUAUUUUUUGCCCAAAAACCUGAACUAACAAAAAUUUUUUUAAUAUAAAAAUUAUUUAUGAAAAAAGAUUUUGGUAUAUAAUUGAUAACUAGUAUAAAGAAAUCUCUACCUUAUCCUCUUAAUUUUAAACAAAUCGCAUUUUAAAAAGGUGAAUUUCGCAAAUAAAAUUAAAUUUUUCUUCUCAAUUAUAAAAAAAAAAUAUUUUAUAAAAAUUAUAUAUAAAUUUUUUUGUUCGUUCAUGGAGGGGGGACUAAGGGUUAUAGCAUUGUUCAAAAGCUGGAUCCUAUUUUUCAAUUGGAAGAAUUUAUUCCUUCAUUAAAAAAUUAUGAUAAAAAUAUAUGGAUAGAAUUUAAAGAAAGGGUUGAAAACACACUGAAAUCUAUAAAAAGAGAGUAUAACCCAGAAUUGCAGGAUAUUGCAGAGGAGAGAAACGAGUUCAAAAAAUUGGAGACUGUUAGGAAAGAAUACUUAAAAUAUCAAAAAUUGGAGAAAAAUUUAGAAUGUCAAGAAUUGCUUGGGAGAUAUGGAUUUACAAAUAUUGAAGAAUUAAAUAUACCCUGAGCGUUAGUUUAGAUUGAAAUCUCGAUAAUUCCUGAUGAUAAAAAGGAAAUUAUUUGGCCAAGCUACCUAGUAGCAAGCCGUUAUUUCAUUUGGGAGUUGGUUUUGACUAACAAAAGCUUCUCUUUACCAUGGGAAAGACCGAGAAGUCCAAAUAAAGCUUGUUCUUAUCUAUACAAAAAUAAGCAAAAUCCAAAAUUUUAUUGAAAUAUUCAAAGAAAAGAUUGCAAAAAAUAUGCCUGAUAUUGAAAAAUUAGAAAGCUCGUUUAAUUACAUUGAAGAGUGCAAAAAUAUACCUGAACUAGCUGAAUCUGUAAGGCAGUUCUGUUCAAGCGUUUUGUCUAAUUUAUCUCAAUUUUACAACAACCAUUUAGUUUCAUUAGAAAACUGCCUAAGUUCUAUUUCAAAAAUUAUUUUAGACGAAAAAAAUGACAUCAGUUUGAUAAAAAAUUAUUCUCAUCAGAUAUCGUUGAAUUUUAAAGAAAUAUCAUUACUAAAUACAAAAUCCCCAUCAUUUUUCAGAGUUUUAGACAUGCAGCCUCAUUGUGAGCAUUAUAUCAAGGAGUUCAAUAAUUUAAAUUAUUUUUUCAAUGAAAAGCUUAGAAUUUGCGUUGAAAGAAAUCAAUUCAACCCAAUUGAGCUAUUAUAUAAAAGCCUCUGGCCAGCCGGCUAAUGGCUUUUCACGUCCCUUGAUUUGCACCACUCCCUUGCUUGCCAAUCUGAUUAUACAGCCUAAGGCUUCUGCUACUCCCUCUGGCACUUACUAUCCGAGGUAAAGACGCUGGGCCACCGUGAAGUACGUCGACGAGGUUAGCUUCUCUAAAAAUUCAAAAAGUGAAUUUUCUGAUCAGGCUAUCGACCCAUAUGAAACUUGUAGACCAGGGCGCAACUCCCGAUAUCGCGCCUGGGAAAAAUCCCUAUGGCCAAGAGAACGCCCUCUGGACUUGCUGAGUGAUCCCUUUCAAUCUUCUCCUCGGGUAAAGCCUCGCCCUGGACGUGGGCUUGCGGUCGGUCAACCCGAUAUUGCUCUCCACCAGACUAAGUAAAACCCUGCCUGAUAUACAUACCAAAUGCUGCUCUCCUUUCCACAAGGUUCCCAGACUUCUAUCUGGCUACAGUUAUUAAGAGGGCAGGUUGGUUCGCCACGCCAUUUUUAUGUAUGCGUUGAAAGAAAUCAAUUCAGACAAAUUGCUUUAUUACUAACGAUUGUUAACGAUUUUGCCAAAAUAAAUGAGAAUUUUUCAGCGACCUCUGAUUAUUAUGAAAAAAUAAAAAAUUCAAAACUUGACCAAGCAUGCCAAAAUAUAAUUGAAUCUAUUGUAAGCCAUAAUUUUGAUAGAGCAAAGCAACUAAUAGCAGCUCUGGAUGACGCAACAUGGAAUGCGUUUCAAGAUACAAUCAAAGAGAAAUUAAUUUGCUCAAUCGAAAAUUUAAUAAAAGGCUCAUAUGAUAGCAUUUUUCAAAUAAAUAAUUCCAAGCUAGAUUAUGCGCAAAUAAAUGAGAUAUGUUCAAAUUUUGAAAAAGUUUCGAAUGCAAAGCAAAAUGAUUUAUAUAAAAUAUUUGAUAAGAAAUAUGAGCAGUCACUUAUUGGUCUUGAGAAGGAUGCCAAGACUGUAUUUUCUGAAAAGGUUGAAGCUUUUCUAUCUGCAAUUAAAGUCGCUAUUCAGUCUAUUAAAUUUAGUGAAGCUGAGGCAAAAAUCAAAAAUAUUGAUGACUUAAAAACCAAUUUACUUACUGCUCCCAGUGUUCGAGCAGAACCAUAGAAAAUCCUUAUUUUUUGGGAAACACCCACCCUCCGUGUGUGAAUAAAAAUUUUUUAUGAAAAACAUUUUGAUAUAUAAUUAAUAAAUUAUUAAUAAAAUCUCCAGCGAAUUCUGUUUUAAUUUAAACAGCUUACAUUUUGAAACAUAAAUUUUUACAAAUUAAAUUAAUACUUGCUUUGAAAUCAUUUCGAAUUGGGUUUUUUAUAAAAUUUGGAAAAAAUUCACUAUAGCAUUAUAUAAAUUUUUUAAAAAACAUUUUGUCUGCACAAGUGGGAGGAGUUAAGUGUUUGGGAUCUCAAUUUGAAUCCAAAAGUAUUAAUGAUUUUAAGAAAAAUCUGGAUCGUUUACGCCAGGAUAUUAUUUUACGAUUCGAAAAAUGCGAAAUCAACGAUUUUAAAGAACUUUCUCCAAAAUUAAUUUUGAAAGAGUUUGAAAAAACUUCAAAAGAUUUCCCAAUUUAUAAAGAAAGUUCUAAUGAGAUUAAAAAUUUGAUUUAUAAAAAAUUUGAUAGCAUAAGAAAUGCUAUCAAUUGAAAAUCUUUACAAGAGAAAAGGAGUAUUUGCAAUGAUAUACUUUCUAUUUUAGAUUUCUUGCCUAAUGAUAUUGCUAAUUUAGCGAAGACUUUAAGCGAUGAUAUUAAGAAAGGAUACGAUCAAGAGAAAAAAUAUAAUCGAGAAAGAAUCAACAUCUUGGCAAAAGAUGGGCACAUUAAAGAAUUAUGCGAUAUCCAUCUAAAAUAUACUAGUGAAUACUCCUAUAAAGACUACAAUUAUGUAGAAAAAAAACUAAGAGAAGUUGUGUCAACAAUUAGGGUUGAAAUUAUUUCUGCCCUUAAUAAUCAUGACUGGGACUCUGCUUUUCAAAAAGCUAAAAAAUUAGUUUUUAAAGAUAAGCUGAUCAGAAUUGCAUCUAAUUGUGAUUCAUUGUUUAAAGAAAUCGAAAGCAAUAUAAACCAAGCAAUUCGAAGCAAUUUGAAAACUCUUCUCAAUAUUGAGCACAAAGAUAGCAGCACUGACUCCCCCCCCCUUUAAAUUGAAACAAAAUAUAGGUAAAAUUCCCCUUUAAAUUGAAACAAAAUUUUUAUUAUAAUAGAAAAUUUUAUAGGUAAAAAUCAUUAUUUUAUAUGUAAAUACGUUAAUACCCUAUUUAAUAUGCUUCAAACAUAUAAGAUUUAGAAAUUAAACUCUAUUUUUGUCCAAUUGUUAUGGGGAGAGUUAGAAGAAUACUAUUUCAGCAAGUUUACACUUUGAGAUUGAGAAAUUUAUGAAUUAAUUUUUCAUGAAAUUAAAAUUAAAUAUAUAAAUGUUUUUAUAAAAAAAUUUUAUUAACCCCCCUUUAAAUUGAAACAAAAUUUUUUGUUUCAAUUUAAAGGGGGGGGGAGUGAGCUAAUAGAGGCCUUUAAUUUUUUUAAAAUUUUUAUAGAUUUUAAAAUAAACUUUGAUCAAGAAGUGCCUUCUACUGAUAUGUUUAAAUUUGAAAAUAAUAUUGAAACAAUGCUAAUUUGUAUAUCUGAUUUUUAUAUAAAGCUCAAUAAAAGCUAUAUCGAUUUCAAGCCUCCACAUAAUCUUCACAACUGCAAUAGAGCUUUAAAUAAAAUCAAAGAGUGAGACGAGCUUUUCAGAAUUUUUAAAGAAUAUUUGUCACAAAACGGAAACUAUCAUAUGCAUACCAAUUAUUCUAAAAUUGAAAAUCUUCUACGGUAUUCUGAAAUUGCAAAUCACUUUAGUGAAAUGCUGCGUCAAGAGAAUGAGUACUUCACAAACUUCAAAAUUCAGUAUGAUGAAAUUAAGCAUCAAAAACUUCUUGAAGAUAAGGCACAAGAUAUCCAAGAAAGAUGAAAUAGAAUAAAAAGCUACGAAGAAAUAAAAAAUCAUAUAAACCCAGACAUUGCAAAUCUUGAACAAAUUGAAUCGAAUGCAAUUGAAUCUAUCGAAAGAGAAAUGGAGAGCAUUGUAGAAUCUGCUUCAAGCUAUAUAAACAAAGAAGAAAUUAAUAAUGAAGAUUUCAAUGAAAUAAGAAUUUAUUAUAGUUGUUUGUCGGCUUUUGAAAAAAAUUUAAAUAUCAAAGAUCUUGAUUGGAAAAACACAAUCAAAAAGAUUGAAAAGAAAAUUUAUCAGAAAACUAACGAGUUCAGACAAAAGGCAGAAAAUGAGAUAGAAAUAAGUAAAAUUGUGGAGCAUAUGAUAGAUAUGAAAAAAGUCUCAAAUAAUUUCCCUUUAUUGAAAAAAGAACUGGAUAAAGUUAUGGAUGAAUUUUUGGAGAAAUUUAGAAUAAAAAAUAAAGAUAAAGCUGUAAAUAUUGUUAAUGAGCUAGAAAGUCACAAAACCGGAUUAGGGAUUUAUAUAAUUGCAGAGCACAAAUUCUUUGAAGGAGUUAGUCAAAGGUUUUGGCUGGGAAAAACCCAAGGACAUGAUAUAGAAUACGCACUGGAGAAAAUCGAAGGGUCAAAUUUAAAUAAACAAGAACUGAAUGAUAAAUACGAGGAGUAUUAUGAGAUAUUCCACGAUUUUCAUGGAACUUAUUUUAAAAUAGAUAUCAUUCGUGAUAAAGGACUGGAUUAUAUUAUAUCGCAAAUCAUAAGUGAUAUAGAAGCUUUCUCAAGGGAUCAUGCCAUAGAUCCCUUAAAUCCAGAUAUUCAGACCAUAAGAGAAUUUAUUCCAGAGCUUUUAGCAUAUAUUUCAAUACUCUGAAUGUUUUUGAAUAUGAAAAAAUGCAACUAUGAUGUUGAUGAAGAGGGAGAAACUACGUUUUUCAAACCACAUGCAAUACAAAUUUUAUCAAUUUUCCGCAUGAUUGGCAUUGGCUAUGAAAACGUCGAACCUAAAAAUAACCUGGUUCAAAUCCUUACAGGGGAAGGAAAAUCAAUCACAUUAGCAUUUUUGUGCUCUAUGCUUGCUCUUUUAGGGUUUAGUGUAAACUGUGCCUGCUAUAGUGAGCAUUUAAGCAAUAGAGAUUUCGAAGAUUUUCAACCUUUAUAUGCAGCUUUAAAUAUACACCCAUACAUAAAAUAUGGGACUUUUAAUAAACUUUGUGAAGACGAUAUUAAUUCCAGAGGAGACAUUAGAGCAAUAGUUUUAGACUUAAUACAAAAUGGGCGAUGCCCAAGUCUUAGUGACGGAGUCGCAGAAAGACCUAAAAUCCUACUGAUAGACGAAGUCGACGUGUUUUUCACCAAAUCUUUCUAUGGAAAUAUGUAUAGGCCCCUUGCUAACCCCCCUCAGUGAGCGAACAAAACAAUUGGAAAAAUUCCUAUUUUGCCCACAAACUCUCCGUGAGCGAACAAAAAAUUUUUUAUGAAAAAAUUUGAUUUAUAAGUGAUUAUUAGUAUAAUGAAAUCUUUUUAAUUUCAAACAAACUGCAUUUUAAAAAAUAAAUUACAAAUUAAUCAAUUUUUACAAAUUUCGAAUAUUUUCAUAAAAUUUAUAUAUAAAUUUUUUGAAAAAAAAUUAAUCCCCCUUCGCGAGCGAACAAAUUUUUUUGUUCAUUCACGGAGGGAGGGGAAGUAAGUUGAGACACUCUACAAUUAAAGAACUAACUGAUUUUAUAUGAAAAAACAGAAACGGCCAACUUAUGGAGCUUUGGAACGCCAAUGAAUAUAAAAAUUGCUGCAAACAGUUCCCCGGCUUUGAAUUUCUCAUUGAAGAAGCUGUAAAAGACAUGAUUAGCAAGGUGAAAGAUCUUCAAUCUCAUGAUUCUGUUGAUAGCCAGAAGGAGAAGCGUAAAUCUUAUGAUUAUGAAGUGCAGAAUGGUAAAAUUGGCUAUAAAGAGAAUGAUGGAAUUUCAUUUAAUAUCGUUUAUGGCUGCGAUACUUUAUUUGCCUAUUACUUACUGCGAACAAACAACAAAAUUUUUCGAAAUAAUUUUAAAGCAAAUAUUAAUUUAAUUUGUGAAAUUAAUGUUUUAAAAAUGCAAGCUGUUUAACAUUAAACAGAAUUAGCUAGAAAUAUAAUUAUAAUAAUUAUUAAUUAUAUAUCAAAAUAGCAUUUAUUAAAUUUGAGUUUGGUCCAAAAUAGGGAUUUUUCCAAUAGUUUUGUUGUUUAAGGAGGGGGAAGGUUAGAGAACGAAAAAGGAAAGAUCCCAACAGAAAGCUUAAAUGAAAACAUUUUCAUUGGGAUCAAUUGUGGCAUGUUCUCAUUUGCAGAAAUUCCUCACAAAUUUAAAUAUAUUAUGGGGGUUACUGGAACUUUGAAAACAUUGGGGGAUUAUGAAAAAAUUAUUAUACAAAAUGAAUAUAAAAUUGCAUUAAACACUUACAUGCCUUCAGUUUUUGGAGAAAAUAAUCGAAAGUUCAGAAAAAAUAAAGAUGUUCAUAUAGAAAAUAUAGAUGAUUAUCAUAAGAGGAUAUUUACAGAAAUAAAUAAUCAAAUAGAAGGAAUCAAAGAAGGAUGCAAACGAGCUGUACUGGUAUUUUUUGAAAAUGAAAAAAAAUUAAUGGACUUUUUUAAUAAAUCGCAGUUGAAAAAUAGCAAUUAUGAAAUUCAGCUAAUGACUGAGAGUUUGAGUGUAGAAAACAGGAAUAUGAUGAUCAAAAAGGCGACGGUUCCAAACACUGUAUCAUUAUUAACAAGAGCGUAUGGCAGAGGAAUUGAUUUUAAAUGCUAUAACCUUGAAAUCUCGACUAAUGGAGGAGUUCAUGUAAUUCAAACAUUUUUAUCAGAAGAUGUAUAACCCCUGAAUAUAUUUAGAUCAUUGCUGACCAUAUAUUUUAAUUUAUAAAAUAAUUUGCACUUAUUAAUUUUUGAAAUCAAAACGAAAAUGAAAAUUCCGUUUAUAGUUUUAACACUGUUAUGCGCCAUAUUUUUCUAAUCGGUAUUCUGCUGGGGCAUAGCGAUCUAUUAUGUGCACAAGUUAUAUCCGAGGAAACCCAAAUUAUGGGAAGAUGUGCAAGACAAGGACAACAAGGAUCGUUUAGCAUGAUUCUUUUGGAUAAUGAAUUAGAACAUUUUCUAAUAUCAAAAUUAGAUAUUGAAAAUAUGAGAAAUAAUGGAUCCUUUUAUGAAUCAUUAAAUAAAAAAAGGGAUGAAUUUAUUCAAAUUGAAAAUAUAGGCGAAUCUAAUAAUGUAAAACAAUCCAAAGCUCAACAUGACAGUACAAUUGAAUUUUUGAAUUUUAUUCAGAAUAAUAAUAUUGGAAAGGCUAAGGCAUUUUUAAAAGAGAAGAAUAAAGUAAUUCCAAUAGAAAUUGACGAUAAAAAAACAAUUGUUCUAAUGGACGCAACAGGAUCUAUGUCAUUAUUACUUCAAAGCGCCAAAAAUACAGUAAGUAUUAUGUUUUCACGAGUAUGUGAAGUUUUAACUAGAAGUGGGGUAAACCCUGGAAGUUUUCAGCUGCAGUACUGCGUUUAUAGAAACUAUAAUGCUCCUAAGGAAAAACUACUAGAAGUUUCUCCAUUUACAAAUAAGCCGGAUAUCCUUCAAGGAUUUAUGGAAAAUGUGUGGCCUGAAUAUGGUUGGACAAAUGAAGCAAUAGAGGUUGGAUUGUGGCAUGUCAAUAGGGUCUCGGAAGUUCAUAAGAUUUCACAAGUAAUUUUAAUUGGAGAUUCUCCUCCAAACACUCGUGAAGAAAUCUCCUGAAAAAGAGGUCAUAAUUCAGAUUAUUGAAAUCGCUCGGGAUAUAACGUUGUUGGGUACUAUGAGGACGAAUUAGCCAAAAUUAUAGAAAAAAAAAUUCCAAUACAUGCGUUUUAUGUUUAUAGUGCUGCUCAGGCAAAAUUUCAAGAGAUUGCAAACUUGACGAGAGGCCAAAGUGGAUAUCUUGAUAUCAAUUCGAUUUCAGGAGCUGAUAGAUUGACUGAUUUAGUAUCUACUGAAGUUCUGAGAAAGACAGCUGGGGAAAAAGCAGUUAGGCUUUACAAUGAAAUGUACCCUCCUACUUAUACUUAA